AUGAUGCUGAAGCCUAGAAAUUUGACCUAUGCAUCUAGAAUUCUCAGAUCCAAUUCUACGCUAGCUCCCGAUAACUCUCCUCGAGCCGCAGAUAAUGAACAGUGGUUAGAAAGAUUGGGUACUUUGAAGAAAACUGCGUCUAAAUCUAAGCAACAAAUAACUCAUGAAUCAUCAAGUCUCAACAGAUUUCCCAUUGAAGUAGUUUCCACACCACCAGAGUCCCCUUAUAUCGAUGUUAAGGCUGCUAUUGCCAAUUUUACAUCCACAAAAUACUUACAAGGGUUUAAUAAGCAGAAGCACACUCAAGGAAACUUUGUUGAUAUUAGAAUAGUUAAAUGCCGAAGUGGUGAUGGUGGUGAUGGGAUUGUGUCCUUUUUCAGAGACGCCAAUAGAUCAGUGGGACCUCCAAAUGGAGGUGACGGUGGUGAUGGUGGUAGCGUCUACGUGCGAGCUUCUACAGGUAUCAACUCUUUGGCAAAACUCCGCACUACUUAUAUCGCUGAUAAUGGAUCGAAUGGUGCAGCAGAUCAACUAGAUGGUGCUAGAGGUAAAGACAUUUUAAUCACUGUUCCAGUUGGAACCGUUGUGCGUUGGUGUUUGGAUCCUAAGGAUGUGAGACAAUACAUAGUCAAAGAACAGCAAUCAAAUCCUGGUGCAUCCUUGAGAGAUAUUCUUAAUCAAAAUAAGAUUUCUAUGCAUUGUAGUGGAAGAUAUGAAUAUGACACCAAGCCUAGAGACAUUCAAUUAUUCAGAAAUGCCUAUGAACCGGGAAAAGGUUGGUUAUUUAAGGGAAAAGAUGAAGACUAUCACCAGAGUAAGGACUGGUUUGUCGAUUUAAGUAAGCAAGUAGAGGACUACGAUCAUGCCUUGUACGAUUCAGAACUUUCCAACGAUAAAUUUCCUCUCUAUGGACUAGAUCUUGGUGUACCAACUGAAAAUCCCAUCUGCCUUUUGAAAGGCGGUAAAGGCGGUCUAGGAAACAUGCAUUUUUUGACUAAUAUGAUAAGAAAUCCACGUUUUGCCAAGGCUGGUCGAAGCGGCUUAGAAUGCCUAUUUCUGUUCGAAUUAAAGAGUAUUGCGGAUCUUGGUCUAGUGGGUCUACCUAAUGCAGGAAAGUCCACCAUCCUAAAUAAAAUUUCCAAUGCUAAACCUAAGAUUGGGCAUUGGGAAUUUACCACUUUGAAUCCAAGUAUAGGUACUAUAAGUCCAGGUAUUGAUAAACCUAGCUUCACAGUUGCAGAUAUACCAGGUAUCAUUGAGAAUGCUGCACAAGAUAAAGGUAUGGGUCUUGAAUUUUUGAGACACAUUGAAAGGUCAAAAGGUUGGGUAUUUGUAAUUAGUAUUGCCAACGAAAAUCCUUUAGAAGAUUUCCACAUUUUACUUCAAGAAUUGGGAGGUAUGGAGAAAGUUGGAACUAAGAAUGUAUUAGUAGUUUGCAAUAAAGCCGAUAUCGAUCACGAAAAUCCUCAAUCAGUGAAUAAGUUUUUACAAAUAAGGCAAUUUUGUGAUGCUAACGGUUGGGAUUCGGUCCCUAUCAGUGCGCUUAAGAAUGAAAAUAUCGAUCUUCUAUUGGAUAAGAUGGCCAAAUGUGCUGGGAAAUUGGUCUAA